GCUCCGACUCUACCUCGCCGCCACCCUCUCUUCUCCCCCAUCCACCUCGCAAAGCCAGCCACACCGCAUUGGCAUGGCCUCGUCCUGCCUCGCCUCGCCGGCCGGCGCCGCGCUCUGCCGCCCGCGGCGGCCUAGGUGCCGCGUGGCGUGCUCGGCGGCCGACGCGGGCGAAAAGAGCACGGAGCCGGCGUGGUUCUCGGGCGGGGCCAAGAACGCCGGCCGCCUCGCGUGCGGCGUGCUGGCGGCCUGGGCCAUGGCGUCCGCGUCCAACCCGGUCAUUGCCGCGAGCCAGAGAUUGCCUCCACUCUCAACGGAGCCAAACAGAUGUGAGCGUGCAUUCGUGGGGAACACAAUCGGCCAGGCAAAUGGGGUGUAUGACAAGCCCCUUGAUCUCCGGUUCUGUGAUUACACGAACGAGAAAACUAAUCUGAAAGGCAAGUCUCUAGCUGCGGCGUUGAUGUCCGACGCAAAGUUUGAUGGCGCCGACAUGUCUGAAGUUGUCAUGUCCAAAGCUUAUGCUGUUGGCGCAAGCUUCAAAGGAACCGAUUUCACCAAUGCAGUGAUAGACCGUGUCAAUUUCGAGAAGGCUGAUCUCACAGGGGCAAUCUUCAAGAAUACGGUCUUGUCAGGAUCAACCUUCAAUGGUGCUAAGAUGGAAGAUGUUGUGUUCGAGGACACAAUCAUCGGCUACAUUGACCUUCAGAAGCUAUGCACAAACACCAGUAUCAGCGCAGACAGUAGAUUAGAGCUGGGCUGUAGGUGAUUCAGCAGAUUCCAUCUAAUCAUCCCCAUUGUUCAUGUUAAUAUGUUGAUAUCGUUCGAUGAGUGUUCAUGCUUGUCUAUAGAGCCACCAUGACAAGAUGCGACGAUUUUUCUCCAUGUCUAUGCACAAACAUCUGUAUAUCUCAAAUAUCAGCAGCAAUGCAACCAUGUUUCUUACA